AUGUCCGCCGAGCCGGCAUUCGAGGAACACUCCAAUGGCGGAGUCGUCCGUGCGUUAAAAGACUGCCUCGCCGGAACCUGCGGCGGAAUCGCCCAAGUCCUCGUCGGCCAACCCUUCGACACCGUCAAGGUCCGUCUCCAAACCCAACCCCGCACAGGAGGCCUCUACACCGGCGCAAUCGACUGCGUGCAAAAGACGUUCAAAGCUGAGGGGUUUGGUGGGUUCUAUAAGGGUACGGCUACACCGCUUGUGGGGGUUGGGUUGUGCGUGAGUGUACAGUUUGCUGUGUUUGAGCAUAUGAAGCGCGUGUUUCGGGAGAGGAAUGGUGGUGAAGGGCUGAGUGGGGGACAAUUCUACAUCGCUGGUGCCGCGGCCGGAAUUGCCAACUCUGCACUCGCAUGCCCCAUCGAACACGUCCGUAUCCGUCUUCAAACUCAGACCGCGACGAAUGCACUGUACAACGGUCCCAUCGACUGUAUCAAGAAGAUCUACUCCUCGUACGGAAUUCGUGGGAUUUUCAAGGGGUAUGGACCGACUUUCAUCCGUGAAGGCCAUGGAAUGGGAGCGUAUUUCCUUGCGUAUGAGGCUUUGGUCAAUUCCGACAUGUCCAAGAACUCCAUCACCCGCGACCAAAUCCCCGCUUACCGUCUGUGUCUCUACGGUGCCGGCGCAGGCUACGCAAUGUGGUUCACCUCCUACCCGAUCGACGUCAUCAAAUCUCGACUCCAGACCGAUGGGUUCGCUGGGGAAGCGAAGAAGUAUUUGAGUGGACGGGAUUGUUUGAGGAAGACUUGGAAGGGGGAGGGGAUGGGUGGUUUCUGGAGAGGGUUUGGGCCGACGGUUGUUAGGGCUGCGCCGGUGAAUGCUGCUACUUUCUUGGUGUUUGAGGCGGCGAUGAGGGCGAUGAAUUAG